CCAUGGGUGCACAUUGUACACUAGAUCUCUCCUAGCGCUCGUUUCCCUAAUUAGGCGAAGCCUAAUCCCCCCUGUAUCAUCGAGCUGUCACAUCCCUGGCCUGCGUUGUGUCCUCAUUGCUCCUUAUCAGCGCUCAUAGGCACUCCAUCCUCCACAUACCAGCGGCAGCCUGAGAGCUCGCCGCAUUGAGAUCCGGGGCUCAUCGCUUCCCCCCCUAAAUGAUCCAGUUUAUCGGCGGACGUCCCCAUGAAGAAUCUGUUCACCAUGAUCCUGCAGAGCCUCAUCAAUAAACCGAAGGAGAAGCCGCUAUCACGGGAAAAGACCGGAGCCAAAUCUUCCAAAAAGAAGGACAAGGUGAUCCUGAAGAAGGAGACUAUAUUAACAGUGUUUCUUAGCAACAAUGAACAAAUAUUAACUGAAGUCCCAAUAACUCCCGAGACAACAUGCCGGGACGUGGUGGAGUUCUGCAAGGAGCCUGGAGAAGGAGCGUGCCACCUGGCAGAAGUGUGGCGCGGGAACGAACGACCAUUGCCCCUUGAUCACCUGAUGUUCGAGCACUUGCAAAAAUGGGGUCCUCGAAGGGAGGAGGUGAAGUUCUUUCUACGUCAUGAGGAAUUUCCCAUGGACAGUAACGAGCAGGCUUCUCGUCAGGCUCCCAACCAGAGGAACGGGCUCACCGGAGAGAAGCGUCUCGAAAACGGGGUGGGCAACCCAAGAGUGGAGCUGACGCUUUCAGAACUGCAGGAUAUGGCCUCUCGUCAACAGCAGCAGAUCGAGAACCAGCAACAGAUGUUGGUGGCAAAGGAACAGCGCUUGCGUUAUCUCAAGCAACAGGAGCGUCGUCAGCUGCAGACGGUCUCCGAAACGGAAAAACUUCAGAAGCUAAAAGAGCGAGUGGAGACCCAGGAAAAUAAACUCAAGAAGAUCCGGGCCAUGAGAGGCCAAGUGGACUACAGCAAAGUCAUGAAUGGAAACUUGUCUACAGAAAUCGAGCACAUCAGUGACGUGUUUCAGGAGAAGCAGCAGGAGCUGCAGUCGGCUGUGCUGAAGGUGGAGCAGCUGACACAGCAGCUGGAGGACCUGCGGAAAGGAAAGUUAAAUGGUUUCCAGGCUUAUGGACAAAUGACAGGUCCUGCCGCACUGGAGCUGAAGAAGCUUUAUCAAGAGCUGCAGAUCCGAAAUCGUCUCAACCAGGAGCAGAACUCGAAGCUCCAGCAGCAGAAGGAGCUGCUUAACAAGCGCAACAUGGAGGUGGCCAUUAUGGACAAGAGGAUCAACGAACUGCGUGAGCGCCUGUACAAGAAAAAAGUUGAGCUGAAUCGCAUCAAUGGCGGGCCAUCCCCUCAGUCCACGUUAUCAGCGUCCGGGCGAGUAGCAGCGGUGGGCCCUUAUAUCCAAAUCCCAAGCACAGUGAACUAUCCGCUGCCUGCCGAUCCAGUCAAACCCCAGUCUCUGUCACUUGCUGCUAGUGGGACACAGCCGCGCUCCAAGUCUGGUAACGAUGCAAACUGGCCGACGCUGAAACAAAGCACAAUGACCAUUGUGAAGACUCCUUCGCUCAGCUCCUCAGACUGGAACGAGUCAAGUAUGGAGCCCGGCUUCAAGACCGCACCUAUAUCCAGCCAGCCCUUACCCUCCGCCGCUGUAGGACCCACCGAGAAGUUGUCUGGCGAUGCUGGGAAGUUGCCAUCUCCAAUGCUUGGGUUGAGCAAGUCUCUGCCACAUAAUUACGGCAUGUACCCGGGUCAACUUCCAUUGAGUGCUACGAAUUCUUUGGAAAGGAGGAAGGAUGGAAGUCUGCCAAGACCUGGGUCUGGAUCCACCACCCGCCCACGGCCCCUUCCACUACCAACGACGAGCAACGUCCACCCUCCGGGUUCCUCACAGCAGAUACAACAGAGAAUCUCUGUGCCCCCGAGCCCUACCUACCCGCCAUCCUCUUCCCCUAUGUUUCCUGGAACAGACACUAGACCGGACCCUCCUCUAACUGUGGCCAUACGACCUUUCUUGGCAGAAAAAGGCGCAAGGCCUCAGUCCCCAAGAAAAGGGCCACAGACAGUGAACUCCAGCUCUAUUUAUUCUAUGUAUCUUCAACAAUCAACUCCACCAAAGAACUAUCAACAGGCGGUAUACAACACCCUGAACAAAUCUGUCAAAGCAGUAUAUGGGAAACCAGUUGUCCAGUCCAGUUCAUCCAACUCUUCACCCCUUCCGUUCCUUCAUUCUGGACCUCCUCCUAAUGCUGAGAAAGAGGGAGAGACUGUUCCUCCUUCAGCUGAAAAUACUGGUGUGGAGAACAUACAGCGUCCAUUGAGCCCCACCAAACUGACCCCAAUAGUGCAUUCACCUAUGAGAUAUCAAAGUGAUGCAGACUUAGAAGCCCUUAGGAGAAAGCUUGCCAAUGCACCAAGGCCUCUGAAGAAACGGAGUUCUAUAACUGAGCCAGAAGGUCCCAGCGGACCCAACAUACAAAAACUACUUUAUCAGCGGUUCAAUACUCUGGCUGGAGGAAUAGAGGCUGCACCUUUCUACCAACAGUGCAACUCGCAGGACUUUGGCAUUUUGGCCGACGUGGACAAUGGCAACACUGGGACUAAUGGUAACAUAGAAGAGGCAGGUUCUCUGCAAACAGCUGCCGUCCCUUCUACCCUUCCUCUUCCCCAACCUCCUCCACCACCACAACAACCACCAGAACCACAGAUCUCACCAGAUAACAAUGACAAUAAGGUUUGUUCACCCAUCACUGAGGAACUGAUAAGCAGUGAGCUUAUAAACCAGAUCUCGGACACAACAGAAGACAACAACAAUAAUCCAGCCAUUGUACCUUCUGUUGAGAAGACUCCUAGCCCUGUACUUGAAGCAGCAUCUCCGGUGAAAGAGGAGGUACCUUUACCAGCCAGGGCUCCAUCACAGACUGUUUCUGUGAAACGCACAAAUCUGAAGAAACCAAACUCUGAGAGGACAGGACAUGGACUCCGAGUGAAGUUCAAUCCUCUGGCUCUGCUUCUCGAUGCGUCUCUAGAAGGAGAGUUUGACCUUGUUCAGAGGAUUAUAUAUGAGGUGGAGGAUCCCAGCAAACCCAAUGAUGAAGGAAUCACGCCUCUACAUAAUGCUGUGUGCGCCGGGCACCACCACAUCGUGAAGUUCUUGUUGGACUUUGGAGUUAAUGUGAAUGCGGCUGACAGUGAUGGCUGGACUCCUCUACACUGUGCAGCCUCGUGUAACAGCGUCCACCUCUGCAAGAUGCUGGUGGAGUGUGGGGCGGCCAUCUUUGCUACCACAAUCAGUGACAUUGAGACCGCUGCAGACAAAUGUGAAGAGAUGGAAGAGGGAUAUAUUCAAUGUUCUCAGUUUCUUUAUGGUGUUCAGGAGAAGCUAGGCGUCAUGAACAAAGGCCUGGUGUACGGCCUGUGGGACUACGAAGCACAGAACGCUGACGAACUGUCAUUCCGAGAAGGCGAUGCCAUUACAAUCCUAAGGCGCAAAGAUGAUGCCGAGACAGACUGGUGGUGGGCACGUCUGAACGAUAAGGAAGGAUAUGUGCCUAAGAACCUGCUGGGGCUCUACCCCCGUAUAAAGCCCAGGCAGAGAACCCUAGCGUGAGUUGUAUAGAGCCCAUCAUCCCAUGUUCACACUGGAAACCGCAGAUCACGUGCUGGAAACAUUUCAUCAGGACACUGUUAUAUUCCUGAGGACGACAUUUCACAUUCAGUACAUCUCGCUUUAAAUUAUGGAAAGAGGUAAAAGUAACUUGUCCCAAGCUGUAUUAUAAACCUUCACCCCCGUGGUCAUAGUACGAGCCAAGUGUGACACCAUAGGACGUCUGCAGGAACAGUGUCACCGCGCUCUAGUGCAGACUUGCUGUUCUACGGUACCACAGAAAUGUCUCCGGUGUAAAAAUAAAAAGUUGAAUUUCACGCUUCUCGCCCACAUUUUAGUGCCUGUACAUACAGUAUUGUGCGGACCCCUUGCAUCUCAGCACGUGAUGGGCUACUACACCGGAUUUUCUCACCUUUUUUGAUAAUUUCCAGUUGGGGUCCUUUUAUUUGCCAAUUGAGAGUGCCCAAAACUUUUUUCUUUUCACUUUUGAACACUGACAAGGAUGUUGAGAAAGAGGACGAUGUAUGUAGAUGAAUGACUGCGGCAGCGUGGAGAGAGGGGACGAGAGCGCGAGGUACAAGUUGGGUUAUAAAAAAAAGACGUAAAGGAAGUGUAUGGUAAGGAGGGGAUUGGACCGCCAUGUUUUCUGUGUUUGUGAUGGUAAUUGUAAGUCGGGGAGGGGUUGAACACUAUUUGCACUUUGAUCCAUUUUGGCAUCCACCACUAGUCAUACACACGGUAGUACGUCGAUUGCCAGUCUGUAUAGGCACUAGUUGGCAGGUGACACAGCUCCCCUCCGUCUAACCUUCUGUGGUACCUGUAAGGGCAGACCCCAGGUUUCUAUACGCAGAGUGUUAUUGUUUAGUGCCCUAAUCGCCAGACUACUCCGUGCUCUGGGUAAAGGUUCACUUUCCUAUUCAACCAGUAGGGUACAGGGGGACCCCCCUUAGACGCUUGACUGAAUUGGGAGAACUCACUGUUACACUGUUGUAUUUUAUAUUUUGUACAAGUUAUGUUUGAUGCAAGAUUUGGACUCUGAAGGUGGAUUUCUAAAAAAAAAAGGGUUCGUAUAAGAUCAGAAAAACCAUGGCUGCUUUCUUCUAUUGUCAGCUGAUCUGUAGUACCAAAUGCAACCCAUUGGCAGCGCUGUUUCUAAAAGGAAGCCGCCAUGUAUUUUUUUUUUCUAAUCUCAUACAAAUCCUUUAAAAUGAGUUGUGCAUUUGUGGGUGUGGCUGCUAUAUGUGUAACUACAAGUCCCAGCAUAGAUGGGAUCUUUAGGAUAACAGCUGGAGAGCCAAAGAAUAGAACCGAGGGCAAUGUCCACUCGAUUGCAUUGCCUUUAAAAGGCGUCUGUCAGCAGUUUUGGUCCUGGAAAAGUGCUGACCGCUCUAGGUAAGAGCCAUGAAAAGCUGCUCUUACAACCACCCUCAAUAUGUGAACGGCUCUUUAGGGCUCCUACCGUCCAUUUAAAGGCAGUCCAAUGACUGUUGGUUUGUUGGCACCUUCUUGUGCCCAUCAAUGAAGCUUUAAUGGGUGGAUACACAGGAUAAAGGCAUGGCCCUUGAACUAGAUGUCUCCAACCGACAGUUUCAUGCUGAGAGUUGUACUUUUUCAAGAGCUUGAGUGAGACCUUCUUAAGAAGCACCUGUAAACUUUCCUGCCAUGUCUGUUUUAGUAACUACUUGCACUUCCCAUAUAAUAAUUCUGGAGCAUCUAUUAUGCAAUGAAGGUCCAGAUGGGGGGGGUGUCCCUGCCAGUGUCAGACUGUGCAGAGACCCCUUCCCCUAACUUGUAACACCCAUCUGGACCUUCAUUGCAAACUGUUAACGAUUGAAUAACUUCUUACAGGAAUAGUAAAGGAACAGCACAUGACGGUCAUAACACUAGAUGCUCCAGAACUGCUAUUAAACGGGGAAUACAAGUAGUUACUAGAACAGCUAUGUCAGAAGAGGCGACAGCUCCUUAUUGGUUUAGGAGAUUGAAGUGUGUGACAUGUAAGAGUGUUGGAUUUUGGGAAGGUAUGCAAUAAGCUAUACACUGUAUUGUGAAGUAUAUAUAAAUCUCACUGGAAUUCACUGUACAUGCUUUACUACCAGAAGUAUUUUAGGCAGUGUUUAGGCUCUUCUUGAGAUACAAGACACAGCCCGACCACAGACACGUGUCAUUUCUCUCAUGUCUUCACAUAAUGCUGUGCUGAAUAUGCUCUUAAAGAUGUUUGCAUUCAGUGUAUAUAUUGUGGUGAUGGUGGAAAAAAGUACAAGGUUAUUUGUUUAAGUUUAUUUGCUACUGAAGUUUCUGAAAAGAUCUAGAGGAUAGAUUUCAGACAGAAAACCCAUUGUAAAUUAUCAAUAAAAAUGCUAAAGCAUGUUCGAGUA